AUAGCUUGUUUGCUGAUGUACCUCACAUUAUUACUCCACACACAAUCUCAGCUUCCAAACGACGUCUCUGAAACUCCAACUGCGCUUCCAUUAACGCUCCGCCCGCCAACUUCUCUCUCCUCUUCAGGGGGAAAAUUGCGAGAAACUGUGAUUCGGCAUGGGGAGAGGGAAGAUAGUGAUAAGGAGGAUAGACAAUUCGACUAGUAGGCAAGUUACGUUCUCGAAGAGAAGAAAUGGACUCUUGAAGAAGGCUAAGGAGCUUGCAAUCCUGUGUGACGCGGAAGUUGGAGUCGUGGUCUUCUCUAGCACCGGCAAGCUCUACGAUUUCGCUAGCUCCAGCAUGAAAUCAGUAAUUGAAAGAUACAACAAAUCAAAAGAGGAACAUCAGAUGGGAAAUUUGACCUCCGAAAUGAAGUUUUGGCAAAGGGAGGCAGCUAUGUUGAGGCAACAACUGCAAAACUUACAAGAAAAUCAUAGGCAAAUGAUGGGUGAAGAGCUCUCUGGAUUGAGUGUAAAGGAGUUACAAAAUUUGGAAAGCCGCCUGGAAAUGAGUCUCCGGGGUGUUCGUAUGAAAAAGGACAAAACCUUAAUGGAUGAAAUAGAAGAACUAAACAGAAAGGGGAACCUCAUUCACCAAGAGAAUGUGGAGCUAUAUAAGCAGGUUUAUGCAGCAGGGAACAUAAACGGAGUAAAUAGAGAUUACCUCAGAACCGAAGGGCUGGGCAUUGCAGAGGAACCAAAUGUGCCUGUCCAUCUUCGGCUAAGCCAACCACAGCAACAGAACUAUGAAACACCAGCUAGAUCUACAAAAUUGUGCAGACUGCAAUUGCAUUAGUCAAUAAGAAGCAACUGCUCCGAAUGGAUGUUUACACGAUAUUAUGGCUCAAAGAUUUCAUAAUUAUUCUUCUAUUAAUGUCGCAUGGUGUGCUAGCCGCUGACCAUUCAACAAGCAGACUUUGGUUUGACUUUGACAUGAUCAACGAUUAAAAAAACAUUAGCAUGCGCGUGAUUACCAUGGAAACCAGUAGCUUAUAUAAAGAUAAGAUGAAAUGUAAUAAAAAGAAAAAUGAUUGUAAACUGCAUAAUCAACACAUUUUUAAGUUUUUAAUAUCCCUUCAAAUGCACAUGCACUAUUGAAUUGAGAGUGUUCAUAUUUGCUAAAAGAGAAAGCAAUCAUAAGCAUCAGGUCAUCUGAUGGACCAACACUAGUAUAGAUGCUUCAGGAAGAUAACAACAUUCUGAGAUGCAAACUAUAGAUAACUACAGGUUUAACUUUGAUUUCUACACAAAUAUAGCUUUGAAUAAUUUGUACCAGAAAGUGAUGAUUUUUACCUUCUGGGACUUGGCACUACUUAUGUCAAAAACUAGAGUGUUACUGAUCCCAAUGACUGGCAAACCUACAAAUAAUAAUCCAUUCAAAUAAAACAUCCUUCUUUGCACAAGUGGAGGAAAAAAUUGAAAGAACAUAAACUAUUAACAUCAGAACACAUUCCCUUUAGACAAAUCAAAAGAACAUGGAAACAACGAAACUAACAAGAAGAAAAAAAAAAAAAAGAAAAAGAAAAAACAUGCCACUGGUACACUGUACACAUCCUUGCUUCCUCGUCGUGAAUUUAAUGCAGCUUCAAGGCAAUAACACAAUGGUAGAUAUUGUCCAAGUAUGGUUAGCAAAUUGCU